GACAUAAUAUGUACAUAUUGCGUGUAUGCAGACCCAGCGUGGGGAGACAGCUGCCGUAAUGGAAAUACGUGAUGAAACCAAAAUCAGCAGCACUUUAUGCUUCCUGGCAUCCUGACAAGCCAUUUGCAUGCAGCUCACUCCACUGCCUCCAAAAAACAACACAAGGCUCAAGGAUUCUACAAGCUGAGAAGGAAGAAAAGUCACCAAGCAGAGCUAAACACAACCCAAAGAUCUACACAACAGACUCUGGUCUAAAAUCCCUUUUUAUCAUAAGUAGAUUUUUCUCAGGUAAAAAUCUUGCUGUGAAGUUGAAAUCCUAUUUCUCUGUAAUGGGUUCCCUCUCAGUAUUAGACUCAAAGUGUUUCAUUUGAUGCAGGGGACUCAGCAGAGCAGCGUAUUGGGCAGUGUCUCUGCCCAGGUCACCAGUGGAACCCCUCAUCUGCCGUGGGACACAACCCAGCUCACAACAAACUCCCCAGCCCCGUGGCUGCAGGAGGGUUGAACUCCCAGGCAGUGAACGACCUGCAGCAUAACAAGGUACUUCUCCCCUCCAGCCUCUCAGAUCCCCAAGUGCUUCACAAACUCAUGCUUUGCUUUUCUAUUUGGUGAGGGGAAAUGCAUUCUUUCCCCUCCAACCAGCCUCAGUCGCCCCCAGAUGGCAGCAGAGCAGGUACUGCUGUCAGAGUUGCUGCUGCACUGAGCCAUGUCCCCCCAUGCCUUAUAGGCAGUGGUGCUCUGCUGGAGGAGGCUUUACACAGCCAGCAGCAUUGCCAGCUGCAGGGACCUGAAUAAAACCUGUACCUGCUACAGCAGUGGAUGGAGCCCUGCAUCUGACCCCACUAGAGGGAUGCUUUCCUGCACCCAUAGCCCUGCCAGCACCCCAUUCUCCUCAUCAGGCUGGGUUUCUACCCUUGGUUUUCUCACUUCUGCAAUGUAAACAAGUAUCUUACAGAAUCGUUUACCUGGCACCAGUGUGUCCUCAAGAAGCAAACAGCCAACCUGCUCUGUCUUCCUAACAGUAACUGCUAGGUUUUAAGAAAUAAUUAUAUUUCUUUUUUUGCUGAUGCUAAUCCCCCUCAAAUCACUGUGCAGGAGAGCUUACCUCGGAAAUACUCAGGGAGCAACUUGAUCUGCAGAACAGGAACUUUGAUUGCACAUUUGAAAACAGGUUCACAAGUCUGAAAUGAAACAGCACCAAGAUCAUUAACUCAUAUAGGAAAGUCACUAGGUGGAAGUAAUAACAAUUAGAGAGCAGCAGAUCAAAUGUAAUUCCUGCGUGCUGACAGAAAGAUCUCUGAAAGGCUUUAUUUACAGGUUACAUUUGCUGUGACGGAAGUGGCUGGAAGAAAGGACCAGCUAGUCCUGUGCAUUUGCAUUUUAAGUGAUUCCGGCUGAUUCCAGCAUUGCAGAAACCAAUGAGAGCCUUCCCGGUCCUUAUCAUGAGAGUUUCAAGGCAGAAUCAAACCGGCACCCUUCCUCUAAAGAAGAUUACUCCAUGACCCCUCCUCAUAGGGUGCCUACCUCAACAUUUUUAGUUCCCUCUUUGCGGAGGAGAAACGAGCUGUCUUCUGCAAAUCCUGUGUCUGCAGACACAACUUCAUCUGCUGUGCUGGAGAAUACCUCUUCAUACCUGGAGAUAUGAAUGAGACCCGUGCCAACAGCAACAUCAGCAGUAUCAGUGCUACUGUGGAACUGUUCCAGCUCAUCAUGUACACCCCCAUAUUCACCCUGGGAUUGCUGUUCAAUGUGAUGGCUCUGUCGUUCCUGCUUUUUAAGGUUAAAAAGCUGUCAGAGUCUACAGUCUACAUGGUAGCCCUUAUUUUCCUGGAUACUUUGCUGCUGUUUACUCUUCCUUUUAAAAUUAUUUCCUACCACCUUCAGGACCGGUGGAACUUGGGAUCUGUGUUUUGCUCCACCUUGGAGAGUCUUUACUUUGUAAACAUGUAUGGCAGCAUCCUCAUUUCCCUCUGCAUCUGUGUAGACCGGUACAUUGCCAUCCGGCACCCUUUCACAGCUUCCACCCUGCGAUCCAUCAAGAAAGCUGCUGUGGUCUGUGCUAUCAUCUGCCUGGGCACCUCAGCUGGGACAGUCUCUACUUUCCAGCUGCAUGGAAAGGGCCACAACAUCUCAUCCUGCUUCCAUAACUUCUCCAAGAGCACAUGGGAAAAUGCAGGUCUGUUCAGCGCCUUGGAGGCCACCUUCUUCGGCAGCAUGGCAACCAUGACCUUCUGCACUGCUCAGACCGUCAGGUGCCUGAGAAAGCACAGAAAACCAGAUAACCCCCAAACACACACCACGAGGGCAGAGACGAUAGUGGUGACAAACCUUGUGGCAUUUCUGGUCUGCUUCACACCUUACCACGUGGCAUACUUCCUGUACUUCUUGGUGAAGAAUAACAUCAUUCACACCAGGUUUCAGCAGGUGCUACGAGACAUCCUUCAGGUCACCCUUUGCUGGGCAAACCUGAAUUGCUGUCUUGAUGGGACAUGUUAUUAUUUUGUUUUAAAGGAGUCAAUGGAAGACCCAUUGCAAAACACUGUAUACAGAGUCACGUGAAAGCCGCGAUCCAUAUGCUGCAUGUUAGUUACUUGCAAUCAUUUGUCUGAGGUUUUCAUGGGAAGUUCAGGGUCCUGAACUGCUUAUGUAAGCAAUUUAUUUUAAAUAUUAAAAUCUGAAAAUAGUCCAUAAGAAACAGAACUAAGUCCGUUCCCAGGGGAUUGCUCUUAACUUGUUUUUGUUUCCUUCCAUAAUGUUUUGUGUUAGCAUUUACGGGUAAAAAGAAAUGGAAUUACUGCUACAAAUGAUGAUGCGUGUCUUUUUA